AUGGUGGUCUGGUUCCUUUUCGGAGGAGACUACGAUGCCAAGAUCAAGUCUCUGACCCCUUGGAUGCUGGUUUUCACUGGGCCGACUUCAAGCACCAUCUCCCUCCACUACCCCUACGACGAGUGCUACGACUUCUGUUGCUUCUUCCUCUUCGCCCUCUACUACUACAAGAACGACUACACCCGAGUUGCGGUCGCCGGCGUCUGUCUCCUGCUUGCAUACGCUGAUCAGCGAGACUGGACAAAGAUCAAACUCUACACCACGCUCGAGCUCCUCGUCGUCUCCUUCCCACAUAUUAGGCGGUUUUGCAAGCUCGCAUUGCCCCCUGACCAAAGAAGCCGGGGCAAGAUAGCAUCCUACCUCGCAACUUAA